UGAGUGAAGUCCGUAGCCUCUCAGAGAUCCUCUGAGCAGCAAAGGUGGCAUGAGGGUCUAGCCGGUUUGUUCACCUCCGUGUUCUUUCCACUGCCUCCUCUUUCGGACCGGAGUCACGGCUGCUCUAAAGGGCUUAGUCCGGGACACUAGGGUGCAAUCUCGCACGGCUUUCAGCUAACCAUGCCACAGUCGCCCGCCGCUACCUUGGCCCUGCCGCUGUUACUGCUACUGCUGCUGGUGCGGACGCCUCCCGCGACGGGCGCGCGGCGGUCUGCAGGCCCCGAUUACCUGCGGCGCGGCUGGCUGCGGCUGCUGGCGGAGGGCGAAGGCUGCGCUCCCUGUCGGCCAGAGGAGUGCGCCGCGCCACGGGGCUGCCUGGCCGGCCGGGUGCGGGACGCGUGCGACUGCUGCUGGGAAUGCGCCAACCUCGAGGGACAACUCUGUGACCUGGACCCCGGUGCCCACUUCUACGGGCGUUGCGGCGAGCAGCUGGAGUGCCGGUUAGACGCAGGCGGCGACCUUAGUCGCGGAGAGGUGCCAGAGCCUCUGUGUGCUUGCCGCUCGCAGCGCCCGCUCUGCGGUUCGGAUGGCCGCACCUACGCGCAGAUCUGCCGCCUGCAGGAGGCGGCCCGCGCUCGGCCUGAAGCCAACCUCACUGUGGCGCAUCCAGGGCCCUGCGAAUCUGGCCUCCCACCUCCACCUCCAGAGCCCCAGAUUGUGUCCCACCCAUUCGACAUUUGGAAUGUGAUGGGGCAGGACGUGAUAUUUGGCUGUGAGGUGUUUGCCUACCCCAUGGCCUCCAUCGAGUGGAGGAAGGACGGCUUGGACAUUCAGCUGCCAGGGGAUGACCCCCACAUCUCUGUGCAGUUUAGGGGUGGACCCCAGAGGUUUGAGGUGACGGCCUGGCUGCAGAUCCAGGCUGUGCGUCCCAGUGAUGAGGGCACCUACCGCUGCCUGGCCCACAAUGCCCUGGGCCAGGUUGAGGCCUCAGCUAGCCUGACAGUGCUCACACCAGACCAGCUGAACGCCACAGGCAUCUCCCAGCUGCCAUCCCUGCAUCUGGCUUCUGAGGAGGAGGCUGAGAGUGAAGAGGGCGAGGAUUACUACUAGGUGCAAUCAAGGCCAGAAGUCUUCAGAUAACAUCCUUACUUUUGGUCUGUGGUGACACCUCACGCCUGUCCCCUUUGUAAUCACCCUCCUGUGCUGGACUACUUCACCCUAAAAUCAGGAUUUCUGUCCCUUUAUUGACUCCCCUCCCUGCUGUCAGUCUCUCUUUUCUUUCCAGAGUUGAGCUCUUAGAGCCCCACUAGUCAAGGGAGUGAAGGAGGAGCUGGAAACACAGGCUGGUUCCUGGACACGAUUUAUUUUCUGACAUCUUCUCUGUGAUGUGGGCUACUGAAGUCUCUCUGAACAGGUUGAAGUUAUGAAAGUCAGUUUGGGUGACACAUGUCAACCCACAAUCAAGUCUCACGUCCCCUUGGUGGCAGCCUUGGAAGGCAGAUGGACUUAGUACUGAAAUGGGUCCUGGAAGUCCGCUUGGAGAAAAGACAGAAUUUCUAUGAGAAGUGAUGGGGUCUUCCCGGAUGAGAGCUGAGAACCCUAGGGACAAUUACUCCUUGUCUUCCCCAGCCCCCUCCCCCCAACACCAAUCACUGGAGCAGGGUUGGAGAGGGCCCCCCAGGUCUCUUGGACUCAGCUGGCCCUUUCAGGGACCCAGGUUCUAAUUCUGGCUUUCCAGCUCCCUUGCCCCUCCCCCACUGUGUGAACUGGAGUCAGAAAGGCUUAAAUUCUGGGAGUAGUGAGGUUUCUGGGGGGCAGCAGUCUCUGAAGGACAAUGAUAGGUCUUUGGGAGCAGAACCGGGGCUUAAGGAUAGGGUGGUGAGGUGGCAUAAGGUUUUGCAUACAGGUUUGAAUAUCAGUUCUACUGCUUUUUAAGUGCAUACCUAGAGCAAUAUUUUUAGCUUUCCUUCUUCUGUGUUUUCCUCUGCAAAAUAGUGAUAAAACUUACUCUGCAGGGGCUGUGAUGAGAUUGGAGAGCUUAUAAGUAAUGUGUUUGGAACAUAAUAGGUAUUCACCAAAUGGUCAAUUUUACUAUUACUAGUUCUGGGCAGGUGAGCCACAGGGCGGUGGGGACAGGGUGCCUAGACAGGGCUUCCUGCUGAAGUGCGUUUUUGGAGGACGGGAUGAUUGCUGUCUCGCGCUUGCCUGGAGGAGGCCUUAGGAACUGGACCUUAGGAAGAGGGGAAGGGCUAAGGCAGAGUGGGGAUGGGUGGGGACAGGGCUUCCAGAGAGCUUGGAAGUCUUUACCCUCCCACCCAACCCUCCUCAGGGAGCCCCUGUCAGAACUAGGGCUCUAGCUCUGGGCUUGCAGGGAGGGGUGUCCCCCAAACUCACCGCCAUCCAUCUCUUUUAUCUUGGCUGCUGAAGGGCUGGGCCUCUGAUGGGGAACAGAUACAGACCAGGCGGAAACAGUCAGAACUGUGCUGAGCUAGAGCUAAGGACCAGGCCAGGGGGUCAGUGAAGACAGAUAAAGCUCAGAGCAGCUGGGGACUCAGGGGAUCUGUGGGGAGGGCAAGCAGGGGCUGAGGGCAGGCUAUGUCCUGGGAGGAGGCAAGAGCCGGAAGCUUCUGAUGAGGACCAGUGUCCAUCAAGGACUUCAAAUGGCUGGACAAGGCCCUUUAAUGAAUCUUUGGGAGGAGGAAGGGCAGAGCCCCCUUCUGCAGAUUGGGCUGCAGGAAUGCCUGGGCAUCUGUCAGGGAUGAGGGUUGGUCCCAGGGAGAAGCUGAGCCUGAGAACAGGGGGACCUCAAGGUGCAGGCCAGAGGCAGGGCUUCUGGGGGCUGCCUUACCUUUAAGGCAGAGAUGGGAAAAGGUUUGGUAAGUGAUUCUGCGAUUUUAGUUCCUGCUUUAAUUAACUUUGAAGGACUUGGGGCCUCCCUGAACACCAGGGAGAGGAGCAGAGCAGACGUUUAUUUUCCUCUUUUCCUUCUUAAAGACAAUUUUAUUAAAUUGCUUUGUUUUCAUUCUGCCUUGAAUAUGGAGCAUUUAGUUGGAAAAGUAAUUAUUUCACCUUGUUUGCUUAUGGAGAAAAGAGAGUCAGGAAAGGGAGGGCUGCCAGUGAGAAGAAGAGGCCGGCACUUUGGGCUGGCACACACGUACAAUCACAUUCACACUCACGCCAACAUCAAUGGGCACAACACCCCCACACACUGGCACAUAUCAUGCACCCACAGAAAGGCACACCUUGUCCACACCCUCCCAAUGAUGCACCCCUUGGUGCCUGCAAACACAUAUCCAUGUUUUGCUGAAGACGUACUCCUUUAGCACAGCCAUGCCUACAGGCAAAAGCUCUCUCUUAC